AUGGAAAAGAAAGAAAAAGGUAAACCAUCACUUCCAUUUUAUAUUCAAAGUCAUCACAGAGGAGAAAUGCGAGCUAUUCUUUCAGAAAAUGAUAUAGAUGAGCAUAUUACUCUUUCAGCUGGAGAAAUUGAUGCAAAAAUCGAAAGAUUUCUAAAAAAUGGAUCAGGGUGGACAUUAAUCCGAAUAGAAAUGAUAUAUAUUGAGGUAUAUGCAUUUAGAAGAGCUACUGGUGGAUCAUACAAAUCAACACCCAAAAAUCUUGCAAAUACUAAAUGUACUAUCAAUCCAGAUAACUCUCAAACAGGAGAUGAUAUGUGUUUAAAAUAUGCUUUAGGUGCAUACUUUGCAAACCAAGGAGAUAUAACUAAAAAUUUACAACGUCUUUCAGUCAUCAAACCAUAUCUGGAUAUAGUUAACUUGGAUGGUAUUCCAAUGCCAACUCCUAUUUGUCCUAGAACCUUCCAAAAAAUCGAAGCCCAAAAUCCGGAAAUCUCAAUUAAUGUAUGGGAAUGGAAGGAGGAAACUGCUACUCCAAAACCAGUAAUUGCUAGUAAAAAUUUCUUUAUACAUAACUCAUGUCAAAUUGCAGGUUGUGAGCAUCCAAGACCAAAUGAUUGUAUGACAAAAAGACCACAUGUUAUCCAUCUUAUGGCUCUUACAGACGUCAAUAAAGCUGAAGAUACAGAUGGUUUAAUAUGCAAAGAUACUAAACAUAAAGAUAAAAAAUAUCUCUGCAACCGAUGCUUUCAAAGUUUCACAUCAGAAAAGACAUUGGCAGAUCACCAAGAGCAUUGUUACGGAUUAGGGGAAGCUCCACAAGUAGUAACCCUACCCAAAAAAGAUAUCAAUGAU